CUGAACGCCAUAACGGUGGUUGUUUACCGUGCGCAUCACUUCUACUCGUCGCAUCGUAAAGAGAAUUCUGCGUUGGUGAUCACACAAACGGCAAUAAUGAUCUCGUACACAAUCUUCUGGUGUAUACCGACGAUACUGUACUUGAUCUGCUAUGUACUCGGCUUUGAAGCAUCCAUCUUCGGCAGCAUCACGAUGAUUCUAUCGACUGGUAGUGGCUUCUUCGCGUGUAUCACUCCGUUCCUCUUUCUUUGGAAACACAACGAAUUCCGAACGUUUUUCGUUCGUUUCUAUCAUUUACAAGGACUCUUCAAGCAGACGUCAGUGGUCAAUCUAGGAACAGUGUCGUCGAGUGAGAGGAGACCAGCGAGGGUGUUGAAUACUCACAUUAUGAACACGAAAGUUUCGGCCGUUACGGCCAUCGAAUUUGCCAAAUGA